AUGGAUAGGUAUCAGCGAGUGAAGAAGCCGAAGGCAGAGACGCCGAUUGAUGAGAAUGAGAUUCGUAUCACUAGUUUGGGUAGGGCACGAAACUACAUCACUUAUGCGAUGACUCUUCUUCAGGAAAAAGGCUCAACUGAAGUUGUAUUCAAGGCAAUGGGAAGAGCUAUCAACAAGACUGUGACCAUUGUGGAGCUGAUUAAGAGAAGGAUCCCUGAUCUUCAUCAGAACACAUCUAUUGGAUCUACAGACAUAACAGACACAUGGGAACCUAUUGAAGAAGGCCUUUUACCUUUGGAGACCACAAGGCAUGUGUCAAUGAUAACCAUUACCCUAUCCAAGAAAGAGCUUAAUAGAUCCUCUGUUGGGUACCAGUGCCCGAUCCCUAUUGAGUUGGUGAAGCCACUAGGUGACAUUGAUUAUGAAGGACGAGGAAAUGAAUAUGUGAACGUGGAGUAUGAAGAUGGAGAUUGGGAACGUAACCAGUCAUAUGGUAGAGGAAGAGGACGUGGGAGAGGACGCAGCAGUCGUGGUCGUGGAAGAGGAGGAUACAAUGGUCCUCCAAAUGAGUAUGAUGCACCACAAGAUGGAGGUUACGGUUAUGAUGCUCCUCCUCAUGAACACCGUGGAUAUGAUGACCGUGGUGGUUACGAUGGUCCUCCUCAGGGUCGUGGUGGUUACGAUGGUCCUCCUCAGGGUCGUGGUGGUUACGAUGGUCCUCCUCAGGGCCGUGGUGGUUACGAUGGUCCUCAACAGGGCCGUGGUGGUUACGAUGGUCCUCCACAGGGUCGUGGUAACAAUAAUCAAACCACUUGUUUUUCCUUUUUUAACCAGUAG